ACAACGAGACGGCGUGCAUGCCCGUAAGUCUGGCUCGACCUUCUACCCUCCGUUGCCUGCCAUGCCUCCCCUUCCCGUCCACCCACCUGCCCCUUGGCCGCCCUGAUUAGCUCUAGCGAAGCUACCCCUCCAAUGCCUGCUUCGCAACCGCCUUCUGCAAUUCUAUUUGCCCACGUCUGUUCCCGAGUCUGCACCAUCGUCGCGCCCGCUGCACGGAAUAUCAGGUACCUCCUGGGAACACGGUGCCUCCCCUGGCCUGGCCUGGCCUGGCCUGGCCGCCCUCGAGCCAAUCUCGCCCAGCCUCGACCCGUCCAGCGCGCAUCGCAUCCACCCUGCAGUCCCUCGGGCAGAAGUCUCCUGGCCAGACAAUAGGCCGGAGCCGCGAGGGUGCAGGUACGCUGCUUGCUUUUCCAGGUACCGGCGCGGCGGGCUGUCGGGCUGGGCGGUACCGGGUGCCCAGGCGUGUUGGGUGCUGUUGCAAGGCAAAAGUGGGUUGCUGAGUACAGAAGCCUACGGCACGCCCACUCGCAGCAUUCCUCUCUCUCCCUCGCACACACAUACACACACACAUGCGCGUAUGCCUGCCUGGCUGCCCAUCUGACCCCGCAGCCCGGCUGCAAGAGGGGGAGCAGCGCAGGAAACUGGAAAAAAAGUCAACUCAGUCAGCGGACCUCCCAGUUGCAUCCACCCAGGACGCACGCGGGCUACCCAGGUCUUUGCCAUGUGCGCAUGCUGUGCGUGUCUGCUUGGCUUGAAUCUUGCGCCGGCGUGGUUGCUGGACCCCUGCAACCCUCCACUCCUGUCUCCAGCCCAGCCCAGCCCAGCCCGACCUGCCCUCACCACGUCGCCCACCCGUCUCCUCAACUGCCCCGUUGCCGUGCGUCGCGUUGCGUUGCGUUGCGUUGCGUCGCUGUCUGCUGCGCGUCUGUAUUUGUCGUUCGAGCGGGCGCUCACUAGUUGCUCAACUCAACUUAAGGCCCGACCGGGCCUGGCUGGUCCCGUAGCAGCGGCAGUGGCAGCUUGAGCCACUGCCUCCUCCGUCGCUCGCACCUUUCCCCCCUCCCACCCGUCCCUUCCCAACCGCCCACCUGGUUCGACAAUCCCAGCCCCUCCAAUCGUGCGUCCGAAAAGGAAGAACCCUCCGUUGCUCUGUGGGCGCGCUGUCUGCUGUAACCCUCUAGUAUCGGCUUCGGCUGCAUUCAAUCACACUGCCCUCUAGUUGCAACCUGCUCCCGUCUCGCUCGCUAGAGCGCAAGCCCGCUGCAUCCAAAGCCUCGAGGUUGUUUUGUUUUGUUUUGUUUUAUUUUAUUCUCCUAUUUUUUCCCCCUGCCUUUCGUCUCGAAGGCCCUGACGCCCCUCGCCCUCGCUCAAUCUGGACUCGUGUAUGGUUGCCACAUUGGUCUGUCGGGACCCCUACAAUCCCCACGCACCUCUUUUGUCCCCACCGGCAAAGUCGCUCGACGCCGGCCCGUUCUUUGAGCGCCAGUAGCCACCGCCAUAUUACUGAUUUCCCUGCCCUGCUCUUCCCAUCACUCCGCUUCCCCACCCCUCCGUCACCACCAGCCGCUCCCACUUUCUACCUUCGCCCAGUGCGACAUCGACUUGUUGUUUUCACGAUUCCACAUCGCAACAUCAAAUUACUCCUUGCCUCGAUCACCAAGGCCUCGUCUCCUGAUUCUUCGAACCUCAUCUCUUCGUGUUCCCUAACAGAAGCCAAGUCUCUAGGCAGUACACAGCCGCUACAACCACCGCGCCGCCACCCGUUCUGAUUGAAUCCCUGCCGCGGGGCCAGUCACCAGACCACUCCCGCCACCAGGCCUCAGCGCCUGUCCUUUGCCUUGAUCAAUCCGCUCGACCCCUCCGCAACACAACCAUCGUUUCGCAGCCCAACGGUUAGCCGCCUUCGCCCGAACCACGUUGGACUCGACACGGUCCUCUCCCUGCGAAGCAAUUACCAACUUUUCCGUCGGCACCACCCCGGCCACGACCGUCUGCCCACAAACCGUACAAUCAUCGAGCCUCGUUCUACUCGGUUGCCCACCACGGCACACAUCAAAAGACUUCAGUUGCCCUUGGCACCCCUGCCGCCCCGAGCCGCUAGGCGAUACGCGCAAUAACAUCAAUACAUAAAUUGGCCGUUCGCCAUGUCGCAGAAUCGCCCCGCAGCUUUCAAUACCCUGCGAAUGGGUGAGGUUAUUCGCGAGAAGGUGCAGGAUGGCAUCACCGGCGAGACGCGCGAUCUGCAGUACACGCAGUGCAAGAUUGUCGGCAAUGGAUCCUUCGGUGUCGUGUUCCAGACAAAGCUAUCGCCAUCGAACGAGGACGCAGCAAUAAAGCGUGUGCUUCAAGACAAGAGGUUCAAGAACCGAGAGCUGCAGAUCAUGCGUAUCGUCCGCCACCCCAACAUCGUCCAGCUGAAGGCCUUCUACUACUCCAACGGCGAGCGGAAAGACGAGGUCUACCUGAACUUGGUGCAAGAAUUCGUGCCCGAAACCGUCUACCGCGCCUCGAGGUUUUUCAACAAGAUGAAGACGACGAUGCCGAUACUCGAGGUCAAGCUCUACAUCUACCAGCUCUUCAGGGCUCUUGCCUACAUCCACUCGCAGGGUAUCUGCCAUCGCGACAUCAAGCCGCAAAACCUGCUUCUCGAUCCCUCCACGGGAGUCCUGAAGCUAUGUGACUUUGGCAGCGCCAAGAUACUCGUGGAGAACGAGCCCAACGUCUCGUACAUCUGUUCACGAUACUACCGCGCGCCCGAGCUCAUCUUUGGGGCCACCAACUAUACCACCAAGAUCGAUGUGUGGUCUACUGGCUGUGUCAUGGCCGAGCUCAUGCUUGGACAGCCCCUGUUCCCGGGAGAGUCGGGCAUAGACCAGCUGGUGGAGAUCAUCAAGGUUCUCGGCACACCGACGCGUGAGCAGAUCCGGACAAUGAACCCCAACUACAUGGAGCACAAGUUCCCCCAGAUCAAGCCCCAUCCGUUCAACAGGGUUCUCCGCAAGGCCGACGGCAAUGCUAUCGACUUGAUCGCGCGCCUUCUCGAGUACACCCCGACCGAACGCCUGGCGGCGGUCGACGCCAUGGUCCAUCCCUUCUUCGAUGAACUGCGUGACCCCGCCACGAAGCUUCCGGAUUCGAGGCACCAGAGCGGCCAGCUUCGGGAACUGCCUGCCCUGUUCGACUUCAACCGUCAUGAGUUGUCGAUCGCCCCGCAACUCAACCGCCAGCUCGUGCCGGCUCAUAUGAGGCCUGUCCUACAGGAACGUGGACUCGACAUCGACAACUUCACACCGAUGAGGAGGGAAGAGAUGCUCGCAAGGCUAGACUGAAGAAGUCUCGCUCUCCGGGAACGAGCCAGCCUCUCUUGCACGCAUGUAUCGGUAUUUACUGGCGAAUCGUGGUCCCGGCAUCUCAACUCAACCAACAACCCUCUCCGAGAUCGGAGAAUGGCCUGUCACCGACGGUAUGGCGCCAAUGGCAGCGGAUCUGUCAGGCGGUACCGACAUCCCUGGCAGCCUGUCGAUUCCGAAUUGUGUGCCUAUACAGCAGAUUAAAGUAUUGUCAAGGUCGGCAGACAAGAAAUCGCGUGGAUGGCUGCUAGAACGCUCGAUUGGUUCAUACUGGGCAACAUGGGCCCGGUGGAGGGCAGACGAUGGUACGGUCAUUCUCGCAUGGCCAGGUGCCCCUCGGUCACCCCAAUGCUUAGCCGAACGAGCUGGGCACUUGCCUGAUCCCUCCGACAUGUCUAGGUGGGCCGGCUUGCAGGACAGACUAAGAUACCAACCGGCUUUUUCCUCCUAGAUUUCCCUCUGCAUGACCUCAUAUGGCUGUUUUUCUUGCUUAUUUCCAUACCUUGUGUCGCAAUUGGUCUUUCAUUGUCCACUCGUGCCGCGAGUGGCUGAUCCUGCGGAUCCUUUCGUCAUUUUAUCUGUCCGCUCUCGGGACGAACACAGCCCUCAUCUCAAGGACGCGUUAGCGAUGCGAUGGAGCUGGAGGUGUCAAGGAGGGCUUCGGCGUGUAUGGUUUACUUACUUGUGAUCUGGCCGUGGCCUGGUGCAGCCGUCAACGGUGGCACGCAACCAGAAUCAACCUUCUGCGGGAGAGUUGCUACGAUUCGAAGUUGCCCAAGGAGGAUCCGCAUAUGUUUAUAUGGGAGUCUGGUGCCUUCUGUUGGUCAGUUCUUACCCCGAUUUCAGACCAGGUGGGAGUACGCGCCCGAAAGACGGCAUGCUGGUGGCAUGGGAUGCUUUUAUUACUAGGUUUUAUCACGUCAUUUCCUUUCUUUGCAAGGUUGCGUCAAAGGCGCCUGGAUUAUUUCUUCACUCGGGGCGGUUCACUGGACAAGAAAAAGGAGCAGAAAAAGAAAAUGGCACGGGCGACUGGCUACUUCGCUCCCGCCACACAUUGUGGGGGGGCUUUUCUUUGUUUCGGUUGUCCUUUAGCAAAAAGACUGCACGCCGGGACCUAUCCAAGAACCAACAUGGUGAUUUAUUACUGCUGGGGAACUUGCAGAUCCUGGUAGUACAAAGUGUAGAUAACCGCCGCACACGGAAGUCCGGUCGGCCGUAAUCAGACACCUUUGCGCCCCAACUUUCAGUAUCCCUCCUAUAGAGAGAUCAUAAGCCUGCAAUGCAUAUAAAAAUUGCAGUAAACAAGUGAGGUAGAAUCCCCAUGAGCUGCUGGUUUGCAAGACCACGCUGUUGCCUGAUAUACCAGGCGGAGACACCCGUGCGACUCAGGUCCAG